AUGUCAAAUAACUCAAAAAAUAAAGAAAAUAGUGGAAAUAAAUGGACAUCAGAUGGAUUAAUAGAAUUACUUGAUCUUGCAAAUGAACAAUUACGAACUUUAGAAAGACUUGAUUUUUCUCAUAUUCAAAAGAAUGCACAACAAGAACUUGAAUCGUGGCACACAGCUGCACUGACACGCCUCGGUCAAAUCUAUUCGCAACGCUUAGCUGAUCUGGGUCAAGUUUAUACUCAAGAUGUGUGUCCGGAUGCGGAAAAAUUUAAGAAAAAGAUGACAGAUCAAUUAAAAACUCGAAUUAUGCCACGUAUUUCAAAGAUUCUCGAUGAUCCAACGCCCGAUCAAGAUAAAGUCGAAAAAAUACAGAGUGUUCUAUGUCAUAUUAAGUCUGAAUAUGAAAUGAUGCGCGAUCGUCAAUGGAUUCGUGUUCAAUUGCCUGACAUAAAAAGUUUAUCGAUUCCGAUCAAAAUUUCUCAAACACCUUUAGCAACACAUUUAGCCAAUCAUGGCAAAGAUUUAUUAGAAGACUUAAGUGACGAGGACGAUAAUGAAACUAAAGAAGAAGAAGAAGAAGGUACACCCUCGAAGAAAAAAAGAAAAACUAUUUCAAUUGACCCUGUCGAUGUCUUUCUCAUCAAUCCUGAACCAAUAAAAAAACAUUCAUUAGAUACAAACUCAUCUACACUAGCACUGUCAAAUGCUCAUAUCCUUAUCCAGGAUAAACACAGAUUGAUAUUAUUCGAUUAUCAGAAACAAAUAAGUGAAUUACAAUGGAAUGACAAUGAAUAUGGCAUUCUUGUGGAUAUAUGUUGGAUACCCUCACUAUCCGUAUUUGCCAUUCUUACAAUUCACUCUUUAUAUCUAUACGAUCCAUUGAAGCCAACACCAAAUCCACCGGUGAAAGUGGAUGCUGUGCAACCAUCAGAUCGAACACACGUUCUAGCAUCUAUUUCAGCAUUUGAACGCGAUAUCUAUAUAAAUUAUCACAAAGGUGUACAUGUUGAUCAAUAUCGUGUUUCAUCCACAUCUCAAUGGACAUUAGAAAAGCGUUAUUCCAAAGGAGACUACUGUGAAACAAAAGAUAUUGGUAUUCGUGAUGUUCGUUGUGAUUCACAACAUAUUUGUGUGUCUGUGAUGCAGCAAAACGAUUUAAAAUGGAGACUCGAUGUAAUGUCACGUGAUAUGAAACGAAUUCGACGUGGAAUCGUCAUGGACGCAGGGGAAAAUCAACACAAAUUCUUCUCAAUGCUCAUACCGAUGCAUGAUCAACGAUGGCUGUUCGUAAAUUGGUACACAAAUAAACUUUGGUUGGUCGAUCAAGAAGAAAAGCCAAGGCUGAUGAAAGAAUCCAAGAUCAAGAAUAUUCGAAAUGCUUGUAUGUCUCCGAAUGGAUGUUAUCUAGCCGUUCGAACAGAAAAGCCAUCGGCUCUUAAACUUUAUAAACUUGAUUAA